CUGAGACUGCGCUCAGUUGAGUGUAGAAGUGUUUAAGUUAUCCGUGUUCUUCCCUGUUACUCUUUGUACUCUUUUAGUCUAGUCAAGAUCAAGCACGUUCUUGACACCUUCUCACGCACUUCUUUACGGUCGCCGAGUUCAUUUACCAUAGUGGAAAAUCCACUUAGCCCAUGUAUGUAUCACCAAAUCAAGAAAUUUGCAAAACGGCCCAUAGGAAAUGCCCUUAUGCGCGAUAGCUGUAAUCAAGUCAAGAGAUAAAACUUAUAGGUAUUGUCGCCCUUGUUUUAAAACCCUAAAAUCUGAAGACAAGUUCACUGACUCUCCUCUGCAUUUAUCAUCAUCGAGAAGAAGCAAAUAUGUCACAUCAUCAUCUUCCGGAGGGGAUCUUACUGGAUAUAUGCUUGAGAUUACCAUUGAAAUCCAUCGCAAGGUUCAGGUGUGUAAACAAGAAUUUUUGCUUUUUAUUAAAAAGCCCUAAUUUCAUUCAAAAGCAUCUCGAUCAUUCUAUUGAAAGAGAUAAAUUUAGUCUUCUAAUUUGUAGUAACAGUGAUGGUAAGAGCUCAGUCCAUUCCAUGGCCAGUAGAAGUGAUUCUUCGUUAUCAUUAUCUGAUUAUAAAACCCUUGAAAUUGAUUAUCCAUUCAAGUCUCAGAAACCAUUAGUUGAAAUUAUUGGUUCAUGUAAUGGCUUGGUCUGCUUAGAACUUAAUAGGCGUGAUGUUUGUAUCUGGAAUCCAUCUACAACUGAGUUUAAGAAAAUACAAACACUGCCUGAUGAAUUUAAGUGGAGGCCUAAAUCAAGCCCUGAAUCGAGGCUCGGUGGUGAAAAGGCACACUCUUAUGGAUUUGGUUAUGAUUCCAAAAAUGGGGAUUAUAAGUUGGUCAGGUUUGAACUCAGCGAACAUGUAAUGUACCUUUCAACAUGUAGCAUCUAUACGUCAGGAACAAAUACAUGGAAAAAUAUACCAGGCAUACGUUAUGAUGUAAAACCUGGGGUGCAUCUUGACGGAAUUCUGUAUUUUAGUGCACUUCGCACCCGCAAUCAUGGGGAUGGGUGGAUAGUUAGUCCUUUUAUAUUAUCUUUCAAUGUCUGUGAUGAGAGUGUCCAUGAAAUAGAACUACCUGAUGGUUUAGUUGGCAAGGUCGGACUUAAUGUGAGUGUUUUUGGUGAGAAGCUUUGCCUCAUCUGUGUCAUACAUGGUGUUCAUAAUGAGUUCAUACAUGGUGUUCAUAAUGAGUUAGAGUUAUGGUUGAUGAAAGAUUUUGGAGAGAAUAAAGGAAAUUGGACUAAAAUUGUCACCAUUGAUGAUUGUCUAAAGGGAGUUAGUUAUUUAAUGCCUUUACAUUUUUUCAAGACGGGUGAAAUCCUUUUUGAGCUACAGGGAGAGGAAGUUGAUGUGCCUAAUGGUGUACUUUUGUAUGAUCCGAAGCAUAAAAGGAAUGCAGCCCUACAAAUGCGUGGUACUCAUCAGUUAUUUGGCAUGCAGAGUUAUGUUCCAAGCUUGGUUUCCCUUAAGUCGGGUACUUUUGUAGGGGCAGGGAACUCAAGGAAUUGUAAAGCAAGAAGGAAGGCAGGGAAGUCAAGGAAUUAUAAAGCAAGAAGGAAGGCUUGAGGAAGGGCGGUUUACUGGUUUGGUCACGCUGCUUCUGAAAAUGUUAUACUGUAAUCGACAAGUAAGUUUUUCCUGAGUUGAACGGAAGUAGUGGGAGAAAUGAAGAUAUGGGAACCACAAGGCAUUCUGCCAAGUUACUGGGUUUGAUAAAUUUUAAGGCGGACGAUUAGAGCAAAGCUACGUUAUUUGUUCAACCACAUUUUGAGUAAGGUUUUCCCAUCUCUCGGGUUUUUUCUUUUUUAUCUUCCUUUUUCCGUUUCACAUCUGGAAUGUUCGUGUGUAAAUUGAAUAUCCAAUCUUGUCCGGAGACUAGAAGCGUUUAAGAAUUUGUCUACUGUCUAAUGUAGUAAUAUUAGAUGAUACUUUCACUUU